CAGAAUCUAUUCUCUCUAGCUCUCACUCCCUGUACCAUAUACACCUACCCACCCAACCCACACACACUCACUCACAAGGAGUAAAAACAAAUAUAUGGUGAAUCUGUUGAUUUUUUCUAAUCUAAUGUUGGUUUCUUGCAGAGAAAAAAGAUGGAGUAUUGGAACUGUUGGAGCUCUUCCAACUAAUAUAUGGUGUGCCUCAUCUCUUUCCCUAGCUGAUCUAGUUCCCUUUAAAACCUAGCUAGGGUCAUAUUGAGUGCAAUUACAAAGACACCUACAUAUAUCUAGCUAGAUGUAUCCCUAUCCCUCCAACACCAAUGGCAACAACCCAUUAUCUUACGUUCAUGAUCACCAAGCAAACAGGCCUUUUCUCAAUGACAUCAACCCCAAUAAUUGCAAUAAACAAGAUGAUGAUACUACCUCUUCCUUGUUCUACUUCCCUUCUCCAUACAAUCACUACGAAGACGACACCAUUUUUCUCGAACACCUCCAUGACCUUUUACUCCAACAGCAGCAGCAACCCUUAACAACAGCUGUUGAUUCUGUCGCAGUGGAUGUGAUUAACAUGGCUGCAGAUUUGGAUAAAAACGUGGCCGAUCUGAAAAAAGACAGCACGAAUGAGCAGAAGAUCCCAAGAAAGAGAUCUUCCAAGAAAGAUCGCCACAGCAAGAUUGAUACCAAGCAUGGCCCAAGAGACAGGAGAAUGAGAUUGUCCCUCAAAGUGGCUCGCAAGUUCUUCGACCUGCAAGACAUGCUUGGCUUCGACAAAGCUAGUAAAACCGUCGAAUGGUUGCUGACAAUGUCAAAAUCUGCCAUCAAAGAACUCGCUAGCAGCCUCUCCCCCAUGAAACAAAAUUGCAGUGCUGGCGGAGACACUACAUCUUCUAUUUCUGAGUGUGAAGUGGUUUCUGGGAUGGAUGAGUCCUCAAUUAGCAAAAACCAGCAUGGAAGCAUCGCCAAGGGGAAACUUGCAACGUGUAUUAAUGCUAAAGAGAAGAAGGUUAGAGGAUCGCGAAAAAGUGCAUUUCACCCUCUUGCAAGAGAAAUGAGGGAAAAGGCAAGAGAGAGGGCGAGGGAGAGGACAAGAGGAAUAAAGAAGAUGCGCGAUGAAUCAAAACUACAUUCGGGAGAAAUGAAGGAUGGUUUAAAUCAAUUAGGGUCGUGGAGUCCCUUUGAAAAUGGCGAAGAUUCGGGUACCCAAAGUCGCAACAACAUCAAUCCUUCCUUUGAAGUGCUGGUUGAGGCUGAAGAACGUAUCUCUCGCGAGCAGAAUCAUCUAGGCACACAAGAUGACAUGGUGGGUGAUUCUUGGGUGAUUACAGGCAAUUGGAGUCCAUCUGUCGUCUUCAACUAUCAGCAAACUACUGGAAUACCCCAAGAGCAUCAGUACACAGACUUCCAAUUCUGUGGCAAACCAUGGGAAGUCUACAACAACAUAAAUCUACCGUAACAUGUGCAUCAACUGGCCGGAUAUAUACCUCUACAAGAAGGGUAUAUAGGUUUUCGUUUUCCUUUCCCUUUGAAGUGUAAUUUAGGUGUCUAUAUCUCUGGGUUUGCAUUUUCUCUUGUGAAAAACUUUGUCCAUGAUUGUUAUGUGUCUUUCAUUAAUGAAAAUUUCUAUCUUCUUGUGGAAUAUCUAUCAUGUCCUUGUGAAGGCGCUUUAUGGUUUCAAAGGACGAGGAAGAUAAAUUAACCUGAUCCACCCAAAAUUGGAUAAUAUAUAUUAUCAUAUAGUUCUGCACCUCAUAACAAUUCCCAUGCCUGUCCCCUAAUUAUUUUUACUUUGGAAUAGUACUGCUAAAGUUCAUUAAUAACCUAAAGAAAAAAAAAAAAAGUAACCUAAUGAAAAAAUGAGCAGCAAAGUCAAACUAAAAUGACAAGGGUAGGGAUCUUCAUUGUGAAAAAAAUUCUUCUAAUUUCUUUAUACAUAUACAAAUAUCUUCUUGGAAAUGAUAUGCAUGCGAGUCCUAUUUUAUUUUAAAAAAAUUGUAGCCAAGAUGGCAUGAUCUCUCGUCUCCAAAGGGAAGGUUUAGUGUUCCUCCCCUGCUAGGGUCACUAUUGUAGGAGUCUUUUUUUUGUUUUGUUUUGUUUUGUUUUGUUUUUGCUUUGGUCCUUUUCUAGCAAUGAAUCUUAAUUAAGUACAUGUGCAUGCAUCUUAAUUCUGGUUGAUAAUCAGAUUCACAAUCUUCAGUACUCCAUGCAUCCAGCUAUGGAGAUAGCACCCAAUCCUGAAUAGAUGAGUA